AGUAUCUAAUUCUAGGGUUCUCAUCGGAAUACUCUCAAUAUUUACGUGCUCAACCUCUUCAAACUUUUUGAAUUCGGAGAAUUUAAAAGGUUGUCGGAAACGACGGCCGGUGCCGGGAUUUCUUCGAAUUUCUGCUAUUCGUCUCAUCUGAAAUCUUAAAUACUAAUCUUUAGUUUUACACAGGGGUUGUCGAUCAGUUUUUCUUUCUGUUUCUUUUUUUGUCUGAAUUUUUGAGUUUGGGAAUCUGUCCGAGCAGUAAUCUGAAACAAUGUCGCUGAGGCCUAAUGAGAGGGCUGAAGUGCGGAAGAACCGUUACAAGGUCGGAGUCGACGCCGACGAGGGGAGGAGGAGGAGAGAAGAUAAUAUGGUGAUGAUUAGGAAGAACCGACGAGAGGAGAGCUUGCAGAAGAAGCGACGCGAGGGGCUUCAAGCUCAGCAAUUACCUGCCAACCUUUACUCUUCUGCAGUCGAGAAGAAGUUGGAAUAUUUGCCAUCCAUGGUUGCUGGUGUCUGGACUGAUGAUAGUAGUUUGCAACUUGAGGCUACUACUCAGUUUAGGAAACUGCUUUCUAUUGAACGUUGCCCACCCAUUGAGGAAGUUAUACAAGCUGGGGUUGUACCCCGUUUUGUUGAGUUCCUCGUGCGAGAAGAUUUCCCCCAGCUUCAGUUCGAGGCAGCUUGGGCACUCACAAAUAUUGCUUCGGGGACAUCUGAAAACACUAAGGUGGUAAUUGACCAUGGUGCCAUUCCAAUACUUGUGAAGCUACUUGGUUCUCCAAGUGAAGAUGUUCGUGAGCAGGCUGUUUGGGCACUAGGAAAUGUUGCUGGUGACUCUCCUAGAUGUCGUGAUCUUGUCCUUGGCCAUGGAGCUUUGCCUUCUUUAUUGGCGCUACUGAAUGAGCAUGCCAAACUUUCAAUGCUAAGAAAUGCUACCUGGACACUUUCCAACUUUUGUCGAGGCAAGCCACAACCUCCAUUUGAUCAGGUUAAGCCUGCAAUUCCAGCUCUGGCACGUCUUAUUCAUUCGAAUGAUGAAGAAGUCUUGACUGAUACUUGUUGGGCUCUGUCGUAUCUUUCUGAUGGUACAAAUGACAAAAUUCAAGCAGUCAUAGAAGCAGGUGUAUGUCCAAGGCUUGUGGAGUUGUUGACGUGAGUUUGCUGCGAUGUUC